UCUUUAUUGUUUCUCCUUUUGUACAACCAAUUAGAAAAAAUGAGGCUGUGUAAACCUGUAAGGCCAUGCACGCUCCCGGCAACCACACUGAGAGCCGCUGCCACUGACCAUUGCUCUUUCCAUAGCUGCACUAUCACUGAUCAGCCUGCUACUCGAGCCAACAAGAAGUUGGUACAAAGACAACGGGUCAGGGAGUUGGAGCGCCUGCUUGAACCAAUUGACACCAGCGGGUUUACCCCUCAUUGCAUCGGGAAGAAGUGGAUGGAAUACCAAGGAAUCCAGAACUGGGAGGGUCUACUUGACCCUUUGGACGAUAAGUUACGCAGCGAGAUUCUUAGAUAUGGGGAAUUCGUGGAAGCAGUAUACAAGUCUUUGGACUUUGAUGCCUCUUCUCCUACAUAUGCAACAUGCAGGUUUCCGGCCAAAAACACAAUGCUUGAGUGCGCGGGACUAAGCAAAACCGGUUACGCCUUGACCAAGUAUUUGUAUGCCACGUCAGGAAUCAAGCCUCCACGUUGGAUUGAAAAGGUACCAAGUUGGAUGGCAACUCAAUCCAGCUGGAUUGGCUAUGUUGCGGUAUGUCAAGACAAGAAGGAAAUCUCGAGGCUUGGCCGGAGAGAUGUGGUAAUUGCUUAUAGAGGAACAACUACCUGCCUUGAGUGGCUUGAAAAUUUUCGAGCAACUCUCACUCACCUGCACCUGAACCAGCCUGAUGACGCUCAACAGGAAGAACAGAAGAAGCAUGUUAAUAGCUUCGCCGAAGCCCCAAUGGUGGAAAGUGGGUUCCUGAGCCUCUACACUUCUCGGUCAGGCACGUCACCAAGUCUCCAAGAAAUGGUCCGUGAUGAGAUGUCACGGUUACUCCAAUCUUAUGGGGAUGAGCCUCUGAGUAUAACCAUAACAGGACACAGUCUGGGUGCAGCACUGGCUACGCUCACAGCUUACGACAUCAAAACCACCUUCAACCGUGCACCAAUGGUGACCGUCAUCUCCUUUGGCUGUCCACGGGUGGGAAACCGAAAUUUUCGAUGUGAACUGGAAAAACAGGGCACCAAAGUCUUAAGAAUAGUGAACACGGAUGACCUGAUAACAAAAGUACCCGGGUUUGUUCUUGAAGACGAUGCUGUAGACCCAACAGGAUUGCCAAGCUGGAUUCAAAAGCGUAUAGAGGAAACCCAGUGGGUUUACGCCGAUGUCGGGAGAGAACUCAGGCUCUGCAGCAGAGACUCCCCCUACCUCAACAGUAUCAACUUUGCCACGUGUCACGAUCUCAAGACGUACCUCCACUUGGUCAAUGGGUUCGUGAGCUCCACUUGUCCGUACAAAGCCACGGAACAGAGACUCCUGAACAACCAUAUCACAGAGAAACUCAUGGCAUAAAUUCUUUUUUUUUUUUUUAAUUAACUCGAGAAUUUUGGGGGGAGAUGGGGAUUCUUAGCUAGCCUGUAUCAUCUUACGAAAGUAAAGUAUGGUGUAGAUCAAGCAGAAGAAGUAUGUAUAAAAGUAUUGGCUCUAA